AUGACUGACUCCAAAAUUCAGUCACUGAUCCUCUUUUUACUUCUUAUUGAGCGCUUCCUCUCUCCUUCCACAUCUGAUAUGAUCUUGGCUAUCGUGUCCAUCUUGUUCAUCGUACUCUCCACCAUUGCGCUGUCUCUCAACACGCUACCAGAGCUGCAGGAGAUGGAUGAAUUUGGACAGCCCAAUGACAACCCCCAGUUAGCCCAUGUGGAGGCCGUGUGUAUCGCCUGGUUUACCAUGGAGUACCUUUUACGGUUCCUAUCCUCACCAAAUAAAUGGAAGUUCUUUAAGGGCCCACUGAACGUUAUCGACUUGCUGGCCAUCUUGCCAUAUUACGUCACCAUUUUCCUCACGGAGUCCAACAAGAGCGUGCUGCAGUUCCAGAACGUGAGGCGCGUGGUCCAGAUCUUCCGAAUCAUGCGUAUCCUCAGGAUCCUGAAACUCGCCAGACACUCGACGGGCCUGCAGUCCCUGGGUUUCACCCUCAGGCGGAGUUACAAUGAACUGGGCUUGUUGAUACUGUUCUUGGCCAUGGGGAUAAUGAUAUUCUCCAGCCUGGUAUUUUUUGCCGAGAAGGACGAAGAUGCUACCAAGUUCACCAGCAUCCCGGCCUCAUUUUGGUGGGCCACCAUCACCAUGACCACUGUCGGCUACGGUGACAUCUACCCAAAAACAUUAUUAGGGAAGAUCGUGGGAGGCCUCUGCUGUAUUGCGGGUGUUCUGGUGAUUGCCCUUCCCAUCCCAAUCAUUGUGAACAACUUUUCUGAGUUCUACAAGGAGCAGAAACGCCAGGAGAAGGCCAUUAAAAGGAGAGAGGCUCUCGAGCGGGCCAAGAGGAAUGGAAGCAUCGUUUCUAUGAACUUAAAAGAUGCCUUUGCUCGCAGUAUGGAACUGAUAGACGUGGCUGUGGAGAAGACGGGAGAGUCGGCCAAUACAAAAGACUCCACGGGGGAAAACCGCCUCUCUCCAAGCCGGUGGAAGUGGGCCCGGAAGGCUCUGUCGGAAACAAGCUCCAACAAGUCUUACGAGAAUAAGUACCAGGAGGUCAGCCAAAAAGACUCCCACGAGCAGCUGAACAACACUUCUUCCUCCAGCCCACAGCAUCUGAGUGCCCAGAAACUGGAGAUGCUGUACAACGAGAUCACCAAGACGCAGCCUCACUCCCACCCGAAUCCCGAGCGCCAGCAGCAGCCCGAGAGGCCGUCUGCGUACGAAGAAGAGAUAGAGAUGGAGGAGGUGAUCUGCCCGCAGGAGCAGCUGGCCGUGGCGCAGGCCGAGGGCAUCGUGGACAUGAAGAGCACCUCCAGCAUCGACAGCUUCACGAGCUGCGCCACCGACUUCACAGAGACCGAGAGGUCGCCCCUGCCGCCACCCUCCGCUUGCCACCUGCAGAUGAAGUUCCCACCCGACCUCGCCCGGAUAGAAGAGCACCAAAGAGCCAGGGCCCCCCCAUUCCUCACCCUGACCCGAGAGAAGAUGCCCGCGGCCAGGGACGCCAGCCCGGAAUACGCUCCAAUCGACGUAACUGUGAACCUCGACUCCAGCGGGUCCCAGGGUGGGCCCCACGGCCCCUCGCAGUCGGACAGUGCCGCCGAGAGCCCGAGGAGCUCGCUGAAAGGCAGCAACCCACUCAAGUCCGGAUCGCUCAAGGUGAACUUCAAGGACAACAGAGGCGGGGCCCCGCAGACCCCACCCAGCACGGCCAGGCCACUGCCGGUCACCGCGGCGGACUUCCCACUCACCGCCCCGCAGCUCAUCAGCACCAUCCUCUUAGAAGAAACCCCCUCCCAGGGAGACAGACCCUUGCUGGGCGCCGAGGUUCCGGCACAUUGUCAGGGACCCUCCAAAGGGCUGACGCCUCGGUUUCCCAAGCAGAAACUCUUUCCUUUCUCAUCCAGAGAGAGGAGGAGCUUCACGGAAAUAGACACGGGCGAAGACGAUGAUUUCUUAGAGCUCCAAGGGACCACGAGGCAGGACAAGCAGGCAGACUCCAGCCCGAACUGCUUUGCAGAUAAGCCUAGUGACGGAAGAGACCCUUUGCGAGAAGAGGCCUCUGUGGGCGCUUCCUCUCCACAGGACACAAGUCACAACUGUAGGCAAGGCAUUUACCAUGCUGUGGUGGAAGUAAAAAAGGACAACAGUCAAGAAGGGUGCAAGAUGGAAAACCACUUGUUUGCCCCAGAAAUUCAUUCCAACCCAGGAGACACAGGUUACUGUCCCACACGUGAAACCAGCAUGUGACUAGUUACAAAGGCAAUAAUAAAAACAAAAACAAACAAACAAAAAACUUGUUUCUUAAAAAUGCGGUUAAUAAUGCCUGUGAACUAAAAAGUGGGAAGCCCCUCCCCCCAAAAAAGUGC